AGGAUCCUUGAACUUAUCCCAGUGUCUGCAAGAUAUUUGGGAGACAGACUCCGUGACGACGUGAACCAUAGCUGAGCGAGUUUGGGGGAGACCAGAAGGCGAUGGAGGCCAGAGAGAGAAAGGAGCGCAUUCUCAAACAAAGGCAAGUCCUGCUAUUCUUUGUUUUGCUGGGCAUCGCUCAGGCUGCUUCCAAGCCUAGGCGCUACUCAGUGGCGGAAGAAACGGAGGAGGGCUCUUUUGUGGCAAAUUUGUUUAAAGACCUGGGGCUGGAGGGAGGCAAAGUAGCUGCGCGGAGACCUCGGGUCGUUUCCAAGGAGAAAAAAUUGAAUUUACAGUUGGAUAGACAGACGGGGGAUUUAUUGUUAAGCGAGAAACUGGACCGGGAGGCGCUGUGCGGCCCCACCGAACCCUGUGUAUUACCUUUCCAGGUGUUCCUUGAAAAGCCAGUGCAAUUUUUUCAAGGAGAAUUACUGGUCCAGGACAUAAAUGAUCACUCUCCAGAAUUCCCACAUAGAGAAUUGCUCUUGAAAAUAUUGGAAAACAGUGAGCCUGGGACUCGGUUUCCAUUGAAAUCAGCCCAGGAUUUGGAUGUGGGCAGCAAUGGGCUCCAACAAUACACCAUCAGCCCCAAUUCUCAUUUUCAUGUGCUCACUAGAAAUCAUAGUGAGGGCAAGAAAUCCCCAGAAUUGGUGCAAGACAGAGCCCUGGACAGAGAGGAGCAGGCUGAGUUCAGCUUAACCCUCACCGCUUGGGAUGGUGGGUCUCCACCUAGGUCUGGGACAGUCCUGGUUCGAAUCCUGAUCAUGGAUGUGAAUGACAAUGCUCCUGAAUUUGUACACACCCCCUAUGAGGUGCAGGUCCUGGAGAGCAGCCCCCGAGACUCCCUAGUCCUUACUGUCUUAGCUCGGGACGCAGAUGCUGGGAACUUUGGCAGUGUUUCCUAUGGCUUGUUUCAAGCAUCAGAUGAGAUUCAACAAACAUUCUGGAUACAUGAAGCCACAGGAGAAAUUCGAUUGAAAAAGGAAUUGGACUUUGAAAAAAUUAAGUCUUAUCAUGUGGAAAUCGAGGCCACAGAUGGAGGAGGACUGUCUGGAAAAGGCAUUGUAGUGGUAGAGGUGGUGGAUGUGAACGACAAUGCCCCAGAACUGACCAUAUCUUCAUUCACCAGUUCAGUACCAGAAAACGCUCCAGAAACUAUGGUUACUAUAUUCCGAAUACGAGACAGAGAUUCUGGAGAGAAUGGAAAAAUGGUUUGCUCUAUUCAGAAUGAUCUCCCAUUCCUUUUAAAACCCACAUUGAAGAACUUUUACACAUUAAUGACAGACGGAGCAUUAGACAGAGAGAGCAGAGCCGAAUACAACAUCACCAUCACAGUCACCGACCUGGGCACACCCAGGCUGAAAACCCAGCACAACAUCACUGUGCAAGUCUCCGACGUCAACGACAACGCCCCCGCCUUCAGCCAAGCCUCCUACACCAUGUACGUCCCCGAGAACAACAGCCCCGCCCUGCACAUAGGCACAGUCAGAGCCACAGACUCAGACUCAGGCGCCAACGCCCAGCUCCCAGCUCACCUGCUGCCGCCCCACGACCCGCACCUGGCCCUCGCCUCGCUGGUGUCCAUCAACGCCGACAACGGGCAGCUGUUCGCCCUCAGGGCGCUGGACUACGAGGCCCUGCAGGCCUUCGAGUUCCGCGUGGGCGCCGCAGACCGAGGCUCGCCCGCGCUCAGCAGCCAGGCGCUGGUGCGCGUGCUGGUGCUGGACGCCAACGACAACGCGCCCUUCGUGCUCUACCCGCUGCAGAACGCCUCUGCGCCCUGCACCGAGCUGCUGCCCAGGGCGGCCGAGCCGGGCUACCUGCUCACCAAGGUGGUGGCGGUCGACCGCGACUCGGGCCAGAACGCCUGGCUGUCGUUCCAGCUGCUCAAGGCCACCGAGCCAGGCCUGUUCGGAGUCUGGCCGCACAAUGGCGAGGUGCGCACCGCCAGGCUGCUGAGCGAGCGCGACGCGCCCAGGCACAGGCUGCUGCUGCUGGUCAAGGACAAUGGCGAGCCGCCGCAGUCGGCCAGCGUCACGCUGCACGUGCUGCUGGUGGAUGGCUUCUCGCAGCCCUACCUGCCGCCGCCCGAAGUGGCGCGCCAGCCCGCGCAGCCCGACGCGCUCACGCUCUACCUGGUCAUCGCCUUGGCCUCGGUGUCUUCGCUCUUCCUCUUCUCGCUGCUGCUCUUCGUGGCCCUCAGGCUGUGCAGGAGGACCAGGCCGGCCUCUCUGCCUGGCGGCUCUGUGCCUGAGGGCCGCUUUCUGGGACAUCUGCUGGACGUCAGUGGGGCGGGGACCCUGUCCCACAGCUACCAGUAUGAGGUGUGUCUGGCAGGAGACUCUGGGGCUGGUGAGUUCAACUUUCUGAAACCCAUGGUCCCCAACCUGUUGCUUCAGGACCCUGGGAGAGAAGUUAAGGAAAAUCCCCACUGCAGGAAUAGCUUUGAGUUCAGCUAAGUUGUUGUGAGUGGUUCAAUGAUUUUGUUAAUUUUGGUAAACUUCUCACUACAGUUUCUCCCUUAAGGAAUAAUGUGUUCUAAAUAUAUUUCCAGUAGCCUAACCUAUUCAUGUGGCCUAACCUAUUCAUGUGUCUACUAGCUCUACACACCUUUCUUUUUUGAUAUGAAGCAUACUUAAGCUUUUUAGUUUGCUGUACAUUUCAUGUUUUUCUCCAUAUUGAGUAUCUCUUGGUGAUUAAUACUUUCAUAAAUAUAAAUCACUCAUGUACUAUGAAAUUUUACCUUAAUGCAAUUUUAAUUAAUGUCAUUCUGAUACAAGUUAAUGCUCCUAAGAAAGUUUGAUCCCAGCACUGGUGAGGCAGAGGCAGGCAGAUCGUUGUGAGUUCAGGGCCAGCCUGGUCUACAUAGUAAGUUCAGGUCAGCUGGGAAUACAGGGAGACCCUGUCUCAAAAAGACAAAAGAAAGUUUGAAUUUGCCUGGUGUGGAGAUGGACACCAUUAAUCUGAGCACUCUGAGAGGCAGAGGCAGAUGGGUAUCUGUGAGAUGGAAGCCAGCCUGGUCUACAUAGUGAGUUCCAGGACAACUGUGGCUACAGGGAGACCCUGUCUCAAAGAGACCAGAAAAAAAGUUUGGAUUCUCAUGCAUGUGGUGCAUGUACAAACAAGCAAGUACACAUAAAAAAUAAAAUUUUAAAAAGAAAGUUUGAUUUCUUAUAUAUUCAUGGCACCCGUGUCUGCCAUGUACCCUUAUCUUUUCAAAGGUAACUUCAUCUUUGCAAAGGUAGAUUGUUUAAAAUCAUUUAUGUUGCCUUGCUCUUCUGAGUGACUGUACUAUCAAGUUAAAUGUCUUGAAUAGCCAAGAGCAGAAAAUCUAGCAUAUUUGCUUCUUCUAAAGUAUGUAUGAACACACACAUUUUAUAACAUCAAUACACAAAAGUUAUGACACUUUCUUGGUGAACAACAGGUAUGCUAAUGAUUGUUUUGUUUGUAAAUGUUCUAUAAAUACUAUGCUUAAACUUUUCAGUUAAUUCUCAUUUAAUAAAAAUUAUAGAGAAGAUAUGUAUUUUUCAUCCUUUUCAUUAAAUAAAACUGUUAUAUCACUGUUUUGACAUAAUUCAAAGAAAAAAGAGGGGCUGGAGAGAUGGCUCAGUAGUUAAAAGAGAACUGGCUGUCCUUGCAGAGAAG